AUGCACGCGGGGUUUCGAAUGACGCCCAUGGAGCUGAGGACAAUGGUCUUGUCCUGUCUUUACGCAGUCGUGCUCGGACAAGGGAGACAGCUCUCUGUGCUGGAGUGCUGUGAGGAUGGCAGAGACAGGGGCCUCAAAGGGAACGACUGCUCCAUUCUCCCCCUCGUGUCGUCAGAUCACACCUGCAUGAUUGCUCAAAAACAAUGUUGUGAAGCCACAGUUGAAAGCAGGUUUUGUGAAGUGGGGAUCAAGACGGCCAAACAGAAAGAGUCAUGUGAAAGACCGUUCACCCAGAGCGAGCUACUGGAAAAUCACUUCUUUAAGGUGUGCUGUGACUGCUGUGUGCUGGGCCGGACACUGGCCGCUCAGAGCUUGGGCUGUGGACUUCAGGGGAUGCUUCUGGGAACACUCUGUGAACACACGGCCAGAGCCUGCUGCAGCCAACGCAACACCACCACAGAGACCACCAAAGCCCCAUAUUUUGCCAAGAAUAUUGAAAAGGAUAAAAUUGAAAUCAAUGUUACAGUAAAACCCAAAGAAGACUCACGUCCCUGCAAAGACUCCAUUUGUGCACAGUUGUGUUUGGGGGAUGGCUCUUGUGGCUGUCACGAUGGAUACCAGCUCAAACAGGACGCUGUGAGCUGUGAGGAUGUGAACGAGUGCCUGACUGGCAACCACAACUGCUUCUUUGGCCUGUUUUGUAUCAACACAGAAGGGUCGUUCCGCUGUCAGAGAGAGACAGGCUGUGGUACUGGGUACGAACUCACAGACAACAAUAGAUGUCAAGAUAUCGAUGAGUGUGUUUUGGGAACUCAUAACUGUGGACCGGAGUUUUUAUGCACAAAUACAGCCGGCUCAUUUCGUUGUCAUCCAAAAGAGUCGUGUGCCUCUGGGUACAUUCAAGAUGCCAUCGGCAGCUGCAUUGAUAUAAAUGAGUGUGUGGUCUAUACCAGCCCCUGCCCACCGGGACAGACCUGCAUAAACUCUCUGGGCUCCUUCACCUGUCGUCGAAACACAGUCACAUGUGGGCGGGGCUAUCACCUGACUGAGGACGGUGCACGCUGUGAAGAUGUGGACGAGUGCCGGGCAGGGGGCGUGUGCGGAGGCCACGGCUGUAUAAAUCUGAUCGGCUCCUAUCGCUGUGAGUGUCGUGUGGGAUACAUCUUCAACAGCAUCACCAAACUCUGUGAAGAUAUAAACGAGUGUCGCCAUUACCCUGGAACUCUUUGUGCCCAUAAGUGCGAAAACACAGACGGCUCCUACAAAUGCAGUUGCACUUCCGGAUUCAAGCUGGCCUCUGACGACAGGAACUGUGACGAUGUGAAUGAGUGUGAGAAGAAUCCCUGCAGUCAGGAAUGUGCCAACAUCUAUGGCUCCUACCAGUGCUACUGUCGCCGUGGUUACCAGCUUAGUGACAUUGAUGGCAUAACAUGUGAAGACAUAGACGAGUGCGCUCUCCCGACUGGUGGUCACAUUUGCUCCUAUCGUUGUGCCAAUACACCGGGAAGUUUCCUCUGCACCUGUCCCACCACAGGAUAUACGCUAGCCCCUAAUGGACGCUCAUGCCAAGAUAUUGAUGAAUGUGCAACAGGAGGCCACACCUGUUCGGUUUCCCAGAGUUGUUUUAAUGUCCAGGGAGGAUAUCGCUGUUUAUCGUUUGAGUGUCCAGUGAACUUUCGACAGGCUGCACCGGGAAACGACGGCUCAGUGCGUUGCAUCAAGUCCUGUCAGCCCAAUGACUUCAGUUGCCCCCUUGACCCGGUCCACCUCGUCACCUACACAGUGUUGUCUCUCCCCACCUUCAGGGACUUCACUGGACCAGAGGAAAUCGUCUUCCUCAGGACAGUAGCAGUGGCAAAUGCUGCUCCUUAUCCAGGUUCCACUGAUGUAGUGUUUGACAUCCAGUCUGCAGAUGACCAGCUUUCGUUUGAUGUCAUUAAGAGCACUUAUCAAGGCAUGAUUAUGGGUGUGGUCCGUCAAGUGAAGCCUAUUACUGGCCCCAAGGAUAUUAUUGUGGAGGUGGCCAUGAACUAUGUGAAGUCUGGGGUCGUGUCCCAUCGCAACAUUGUUGAAAUACACCUCUUUAUUUCAGCAUUCUGGUUUUGA